AUGCCUCGCCGGGACCUCGUGCGCAUCGUACUCGUCGGCGACGCAGACGGAGUUGGCAAGAGCUCCAUUAUUACAUCACUCAUCAAGGAGAGCUUCGUUCCCAAUGUCCAGCACGUUGUACCCGAAGUUACUAUUCCACCAGAGGUGACGCCAGAGAAUGUGACCACCUCCAUCGUUGACACGUCAUCCGAUCCGCGGUCACGGGCACACCUCCUCUCACAACUGGGACGCGCACACGUCAUCUGUCUCGUCUACUCGAUCUCAGAGCCGCAGAGCUUCGACCGCGUAGCCGAGUACUGGCUCCCUCUCUUCCGCAAGGAGGGUAUCAACGUGCCAGUGAUUCUUGUGGGCAACAAGAUCGACAUGCGCGGCGGUGAGGUUACGAACCAGGCACUGGAGGAGGAAGUUGCCCCUAUCAUGCGCGAGUUCAAGGAGGUUGAGACGGUUGUCGAGUGCAGCGCUCUGAUGCCGCUGAAUGUGUCCGAAGUGUUCUACUUCGCGCAGAAGGCGGUCCUGCACCCCACCGCGCCCUUGUACGACUCGCGUGAUCAUGUUCUCAAGCCCAAGUGUUUGGAGGCGCUCAAGCGCAUCUUCAAAAUCAGCGAUGUUGACAAGGACGGGCUCCUAAACGCAACCGAGCUGAAUCAGUUCCAACAAAAGUGCUUCUCGACACCACUGCAGACGCAGGAGCUUGAGGGCAUCCUUGAACUUGUCCGCUCCUACGAUCCCGGAGCUGUGCAACCCCUCCCUUCUCCGCCAGCAGCGAGUUCUCCCAGUACGCCGUUUGCUGAGUAUGACCAACACCCCGUAUGGACCUCGACCUCGCAGACAUCAGAAGGGCUUACAGAAUUGGGUUUCCUCUACCUUCACACAAUAUUCAUCCAGCAGGGCCGCAUGGAGACUACCUGGACUGUGUUGCGACAGUUCGGGUACGGCGAAUCGCUCGACCUGCGCGAAGACUUCCUUUCGCCCCGCUUCGAUGUUCCCUACGACUGCUCGGUCGAGCUGAGCCCGCUUGGAAAUCAGUUCCUCACGGACAUCUUUGAGGCGUACGAUAAGGACAACGACGGCGCGCUGUCCCAGUCAGAACUCGACGACCUCUUCUCCACCUCCCCUGGAAACCCGUGGCGCGCCCAAGGCUUCCCCGACACGACCAUCACCGACGACCUGGGCCGCGUGACAUUACAAGGGUGGCUCGCGCAGUGGUCCAUGACCACCCUGCUUGAUCACAAGCUGACUCUGAAUUACAUGGCAUACUUGGGCUUCUCGUCGUCCCCAGCCUCGGAUGUGCAGCUCGUCGCAUCCGUCAAAACGACACGGCCACGCAAGGCCGACAGACGAGCACGCAAAGUUACGCGAAACGUAUUCUUGUGUUACGUGCUGGGCGCCACGGGAUCGGGCAAGACGUCCCUGCUCCGUUCUUUUGUGCACAAGGGCUUCCGCGGCGGCGAGGACGGCCUUGGCGGAUAUGAGCCAACUACCAAGGUGCUCUCGGUGGUGAACAGCGUCGAGAUUGAAGGGGCGGAAAAAUUCCUCGUUUUGCAAGAGUUUGGCUCCAAGUACGAGUCAGAGAUGCUGCGCAACACCAAGCGCCUCGACCUCGCAGAUGUACUCAUCUACGUGCACGACUCGAGCGACACAAAUUCGUUUUCGUACAUCUCAAACUUGAGGCAGCAGUACUCGCUUGACCACAUCCCAAGCAUCUUCGUCGCAACCAAGUCGGACUUGGAUCUGGCGCAGCAGCGCCACGAGGUGCAGCCAGACGUGUACUGCCGCCGGCUUGGCCUGCCCGCGCCACUCGCUGUAUCGGCACUCGGCGGGUCUCUCCCUAAUCUCUGGGUCGCGAUCACGCGCGUCGCGCUCAACCCAUGGAGUAGUACACCACGCGGGCCGAACUCGCCGCGCACCACCGCACAAACCGUACGUGUUCUCGCGAAGUUUACGCUUGGCGCGGGGAGUGUUGUCGCCCUCGCAGCUGUCUGGAUGCGGUACCAAGGCUACACGCUGCGUGGGGUGUGGGGCUGGAUUGCGCGCACCACUGGUAUCUUCUCGAUACCAUCACGGGCCUAGGGCGUGUCGUAGCAUAUGAUUCCAUGCACACAAUACCAUAGGCAGCGGCCUCAGCUCUGGUCGAAGCGGUUGUGCGAGCCAACGGAAGAUCGCGUGAGUCUGUUGUCGACGGUCACCAAGCCGUUAUGAUACAUGCAACACUACUAAUCCAGACUCAAAGCGCUCCGCUCACUCCUCUUCAGG